ACUGAUAAUUAAGUGGUAAAUUAGUACAACAGUUCCCUGUAAUCCAUGAAUAAACUUUGAUUACAUCUCCUUGAAUCGAGCGUUAACAGUCUAUAUAUGGAGUAUAAAUCUGGCAACCGGUAGCUAACACGAGAAACGAGAGGAAGAUACACCAUUAAAAACAAAAACAAAAACAGGGCACCAAUUAAGGAUAAAGGAUCCAAAGAGGGGCCGCAUUCAUUAUUCCCAGCUGUUCCUUCCCAUGUGACUCCUCCUUCGUUAGAUUUCCAUCCAUUAAAAUCCACUCACUUCACUCUCUCUCCUCCAAACCCCCAACAAUGUCUUCGAAGACUGUUAUCUCUCUCCUCUUUCUGAUCUCCUACAUUACCCUCCAUACUUCCACUGUGGAAGCUCAGAUCCACGACUUCGGGUCUGAUUGGGCUUCGUCUUCCGCAAUGUCGAUGGUGUUAAACCCCAGCGGAGUAAGUGGUGGAGGUGGAGGAGAUCUUGAUCUUGAUUUUGAUGAUGAGAUUGAUGAAGAUGGAAUCGACGGUAGUAGCAGUAGUAGGAGAUCUCUGUACUGGAAGAGGAAGGUGUACUACAUAUCGUAUGGUGCGUUGUCAGCGAAUCGGGUCCCGUGUCCACCACGCUCCGGUAGGUCUUACUACACUCACAACUGUUACGGAACUCAUGCCCCUGCUAAUCCUUAUUCUCGCGGUUGCUCUUGCAUCACUCGUUGCCGCCGUUAGUAAGAUUUUUUAAGUAUUUGAUUAGGGGUUUAUUUUAUGUUUAAGAGUUGAGGUUUAGGGUUUAAUUAAUCAUCUCCCUUUUUAUCUCAUCUCAUAAAGUCUAUUUCCUUUUGUGUGAUUAUUUUGGUAAUUAUUGUAAGUCUUGAGCUGGAUGUGGGGUCCUCUUUUUACUUGUUGAGGAUUGGUUGAUUAAUGAUGUAUCAAUGUAUCAUUAUUUGUUAAGUAUGAUUUUAAAAGACGGAUUAGUAUUUGUAAAACAAUAGUAAUUUGUAGUUAAUUAAUUGCUCUGUAAUAACGGGCUUUUUGGA